GCUCUUUUGCAUCCUCUCUUGCACGCAAUUUGUACCCCGGAUUGUACGCGGAGAAAUUCGGCUGACAGCGCCCGCAGAGCCGAGUCAAAGCGCAAAUCCAUCUCGGCUCAACUGGCCGUGUGUCUCGUGGCUCAUCCAAGACUAGACAUCCAAGUCCAGACGGACGGUCUUCUCCGUGACGGGGUCUCGAAACCUCGACAGCUGAGUCCCUUCCCUGCCACCAGGGACAGCUGCGUUUCCGAUCCCCCUUUUUUCCGGCACCCCCACCAACCUGCAGCAAAUCGAACCAUCUCGCAACAGGAUUGUCGCUGCAGGACAGCGCAUCGGGUAAACCAACCAGGACUAGGACCUUCGUGCUGGCGCCGCCACCGCUUCGAGACUGCAAAACCCCAAGAUUGCGUUGCGCCAACGAAACCCUCUGGAUCCCGCUGAUUUAAACUCGCGCGCCUGUCGAGACAUUGCAAAGCGGAGGAACUGUCCUGGAGGGAGGUCAAACCUUGUCACUCAACUCAAGCCACAGAGCAAGCACGACGAAAAGUCGGCGGAAUCCGGGGCCUCCCCAGCCUCCCCAGCCCAGAGAAUCCGAGCUUGUACCGUCCAUCAGGAUUUAUUCCAACAGACCAUGGACAAUGGCGGGACCUCCAGUGCCGAUGAGCCACCACCCUCUGUGACCUCUGCGAGGACCGCAAACAUCGCCGUUCCCCCCUCCAGCAACUCCCUCGUCGAGAUGAACAGCCGCUCCUCGAGGUUGCAUCUCCUGGUCGUGGCCAACGGCUCGCGGGACACGUCCUUCUGCCAGACCAUCGCCAUCCGCCUGUCCAAGGACCCCAAAAUCGCCAUCCGCGUCAUCGUGGACGAUGCGACCCCGCGCCUGAACCAGACCCUGGCCGUCGAGCUCAACUACAGCCUGGCGCUGUCCCCCGAGCGUGCCGACGAUGCCACUCGGGCCGAGAUGGAGCUGCGGCACCGGCGCGCCGUCGAGCUGGUCGAGUGGGCCGACCUGAUGGUCCUGUGCCCCAUCGACGCCGACCACCUGGCCAAGAUGAUGGGCGGCCACUCGGACACCAUGAUCCUCGAGGUGCUGCGCAGCUGGGACGCCUCCAAGCGCAUCCUGCUGGUGCCGGGCAUGUCCACCACCAUGUGGGAGAACCCCGUCACCAAGCGCCAGAUGAGCAAGCUGCACCGCAAGUGGCACUGGGUCCGCGUCCUGCCCCCGAUCCUAUGGCGCUACGAGCACACGGACGCGGCCCCCUACUUCAAGCGCGUCGUCGAGGAGUGGUCGGGGCUCGACGACGUCCUCGGCAUCGUCAAGAACCAGGCCGACCUGCUGACCAUGGGCCACGACGUCGACGUCUCAGCCGCCAAGUGCGCCGGCGGCAGCGCGGGCACCGAGGACGCCCUGUCCCCGUCGCCGUCACAGGGCGGCAACGGCGGCGCAAAGACGCGCACGACGCUGCCGCCCGAGAUCUGGGGCCUGAUCCUGGAGCACACCAACGACUGGGAGCUGGCGCAGUCGCUGGGCGUCUUCACCACUCUCGAGAUGCCGACGAUGCAGGGGUGGCGGCUCGCGCCCAAGGACCCGUCGGACCCGCUGCAUGUCUUCAUGCACCAGCUCGAGUGGAAGCUCCUGACGGCCGACACGGCGGCCGUAUGCAGGUUCCUGGAGGGCGCGCCCGCCAACCUGGCGGACCUGUCGGCACUGGCCAUCAAGCUCAUCUUCAAGUUCGCCCUCAUCGGGGUGUUGACCUACAUCGAGGGCCACUGCCCCAUCGUGUUCCGCAACUUUGACGGCAAGACGGUGCCCACAAAGGCGUCUGCCUACUAUGGCCGCACCGAUAUUCUCGACUGGUGGGCCCGCUCGCCGUCCUUCCUGGAGAAGCAGUACGACGCCGAGGCCAUGGACGGCGCGUCCCGCAACGGCUACGUGCACGUCCUCGAGUGGUGGCGCCGCUCCGGACUGCCGCUCAAGUACACCGAGGCCGCACUCGAGCAGGCCAGCGCUAGGGGCCACCUGCGCGUGCUGGACUGGUGGCGGCAGGCGGCAGCGGGUGGCGGGAGCGGCACAGACGACGAUAGCGGCAGCGGCAGCGGCAGCGGCGUGGCGGCCGCGGUGGUGGUGCCCAAGCCUGGGCGGUCGCUCACGUGCGCGGCGCAGACGGGGCAGACUGAGGUGCUGCGGUGGUGGAUGGCGAGCGGCAUGACGGUGGAGCACCUGGACGGGGUGUGCAUGAAGGCGUCGCAAAAGGGCCGGGCCGACGUGCUCGAGACGUGGCGGCAGCUGCGGGGCGACGACGACAUCAUCUUCAACGCGCAGGUUCUCGUCGAGCCCACGGUGCACUCGUACAUCGACGUGCUCGAGUGGUGGCGCCUCUACGCCCGCGGCGAGCUGCCCGGCAUGGGCGGCCGCCCCGCCAAGAAGGUCGAGUACCGCACCAUGGACAUCGAGGAGGCGCUCGAGGACUCGCUGGGCGACCAGACGCGCGUCCGCCGCUGGUGGGCCGAGAACGGCCUCAACCUGGGCCUGGGCACUAGCGAGUGGAUGAAGUCGCGCUACCUGUGAGCCGUCCAGUCGGGACUUGGGCGAGGCCAUGGUAGGCUGCGCGGCCUCGUUUAUUUUAUUUCACUGUCGGAGGGAACGACGGCGAGCUAUGGACUGGAAGGAAAGGUUCUCAUGAUAUCUGGGAACCUAUGCACAUAAUGCGCGGCGUUUGGUACCACCGGGAUGAGACGAGCCUCGAGCGAGACGGGCUGGUCGGGGAUGCAAGCAUCGGCCUACGACCCAACCACUAGAUGACAGGGCUGUUAUAGGGGGCACACGCAUACUGGCUUGGAUUUGAUCGCUCUGGGUAGGUGUCUGGAAAGGUAGAGAAAAGCAUGGACACAUCUGGAGCGGGUUGACUGUUCUAUUGUUUUUUUGGUGGAAAUUUCUCUUUUCGUUAUCUACAAGGUUGGGAAUCUGGCGUUUAUAGUCAUUUAUUUACUCGUAUGCUCUUUGAUCACCUGUUACUCGAGAUGGUCUAGGCCCAUGACGCUACGAUCCAGUUUAUACAGAACAGUGCAUGGCAUA